GCAAAGCUUUCUCUCUCCUCUCACACACAACACACACAUCCAUCGAUCCUCGACCUUAUAUUCGAGUGGGAGAUUAGGGUUUAAGGGCGAGGUAAGCGGCGGCAAAUCGAGAAAUGCGAGCGGCAAAUCGAGUGUGAUGAUGCAUUGGAGGAUUUAGUCGCAUCGUGGUCGUAUUCUCGCCUGGCUUGAGCUGUUGAGAGGGAGGCAAGAUCAAAGGAUGUGGAUUGAUCGCUACAACUUGGAUUCGGCGUCUUUCCAGGAGAGCUUUCAUGUUCUACACAAAAUUCCCGUGGGAGACACUCCUUAUGUCAAAGCCAAACACGUCCAACUUGUCGACAAGGAUCCAGAUCGAGCUAUAGCUUUGUUCUGGGCGGCUAUCAAUGCGGGAGAUCGUGUGGACAGCGCCCUCAAGGACAUGGCCAUUGUAAUGAAACAGCAGAACAGGCCCGAGGAGGCGAUUGAGGCGAUCAAGUCUCUGCGUGAUCGUUGCACGGAUCAGGCACAAGAAGCCUUGGAUAAUGUGCUCUUGGAUCUCUACAAGAGGUGUGGACGGCUCGACGACCAAAUAGCACUGUUAAAACGGAAGCUCCACCUUAUCCAUGAAGGUCUCGCUUUUAACGGGAAGCGAACCAAAACAGCUCGAUCACAGGGACGCAAGUUUCAAGUAUCGAUCGAGCAAGAGGCGUCUCGCUUGCUGGGAAACUUGGGAUGGGCUUAUAUGCAGCAAUCGAACUAUAUUGCUGCCGAGGCUGUCUACAGGAAAGCUCUCUCGAUAGAGCCAGACAGCAACAAAGUCUGCAACCUCGGGAUUUGCUUCCAGAAGCAAGGGAAGCUUCACGACGCAAGGGUUACACUCGAGAGCGUGGCUCCCCCGGCCUGGAAUGCAUCUCCCUCGCAACGCAAGACGUACGAGCGAGCCCAGGAGGUGCUGGUCGAGCUGAGAGAGAUGAAGUCCGUACAAAGGAAGAGUGCCAAGGCCACAACUUCCUCCGUGGAACUCAAUGUAGACGAGAGCUCGUGGAACCCCUUAUCGUCUCCGGCUAGAACUUCGCUGAAACACCACCUCCCGGAAAUCCUGGCUGCAACCUCUGGGUUUAGCGACGAUGGAGACGAUAACGAAACCUCCGAAGCUAAGAUCUCGAGAAAGAGGAGUUAUGAGACCGAGAACGAGCAACAUGAAACAAUUUGGAACCCGCCCUCGAGCAGCGAGCAAGAGUCGCGGCUGCCGCUCACUUCCGAUUGGACAAACAAAGCUUACGCCCGGCAGUCACCCGCGAGCAGCUUGGAAAAGCCAAAGAAAGCUUUGGAUCAAUCGGUCACCUGGAAAGAUGUUCUUCUUCAGGACGACAGCGCGGCCGCGGCGAGGCGGUCCCUGGCUAGCAGCUUUGACAGCGCAGACGAUGCUCUCCUGCGAGAUCUGGAGGAGACCACCGCAAGAGAUCGCGAGCUGCAAAGCCUCGAAGAGUGUGAUCAAGGCUGGACGGGGCGGCGAUUGAAAGUUUUCGAGGAGAUGACUCUUCCUGGAUUGCUGCUCUAGGUAGAUGAUAUUUACCAGGUGCUUGUGUAUGUUUGUACAUUAUAUAAUAUUUUGCUUCUUUCUACUCCACCUGAAUGGAUAUCCAUGGCAUCUGGAUGGAUCUUCGUUUGGGUGGAAACA